GGAGGCCACGUCACUGAAGUUCACACGUGUCUGUCAUUUGCUGGGCUUCUUUUUCUUCAGAUUCUUCACUCGUCUCGAGUGAGUCGGUCGCAGAGCAAGCCCAACUCGGCCAGCCAUGGUCUCCAAGGCGAGCGACUCUUCCUCUAAAUCCGGAGUUAGAAAUUCUCCUCCUUGGCUUUUUUAUCUUCAAUUUUUUUUUUCCUUUUUGCGCUUUCUUCAUUUGCAUUCAGUCUUUUAAUUUUUUAUUAUCAUCAGAAAUUGGAGACUAGUUGCAUAACUCACCGUCUCAUUUAACAUGGAAUAUAAAUAAAUUUCGGAUCUUUUUUUUACUCAUUUUCUUUAUUUUCCUAUUUUGGUUAUUAGAUUAUAAUUGAUAAGAUAGACUGGAAAUUCCACGGAAUAUGAUUCGCCAAAAUAGUCACCUGGUUUUUGUGGGAACAGAGCUUUCUCCUAAUUCCAUCACCAUUUCACUACAACUUAUGCUCUUUUUGGCUGCUAAUGAAUUUUGCAGAAACAAAAAGGAGAAGAGGAAAAAUCUUUCGGAGUUGAGUUUUUUCAAAUUUCUAUUUUGCUUUAUCAUCAACAAUUUGCUCUUUUUUUUUUUUUUUUUUUUUUUGAUGUGGCAGAAAUCACAUGGAGAAGACUCUGGUGGUGGCGUAGGAAAUUUGACAUUUAAGUUAAAUCAGCUUAAAAGACAAAUUCAAGCGGAGAGAACUGCUUUAAUAAAGGAAAAAGUUGAGAAGAACAGAUUGAAGAUAGAGAGUCAUAUAUCGGAGAUUUUGUCAGCCACAUCAAGUAGGAAUGUUCUGUGCAUGGAGGAGAAUGGAUUUGGUAAAAUGCUUUCUUCAAGAAUCGAAAUUCCUCUCUGUAAGUAUACUGGUUUUGCUCAAGGCUCAGGAGAUAGAGACUAUGCUAAUGGUCAUGAAGUUGUAUCUUCAAUAAGUGCCAAGCUUCCGUAUGUUGAGAAGUUACCACCAUAUACAACAUGGAUAUUUUUGGACAAAAAUCAGCGAAUGGCUGAGGACCAAUCUGUUGUGGGGCGGAGACGUAUAUACUAUGACCAACGUGGCAGUGAAGCCUUGAUCUGUAGUGAUAGUGAGGAGGAUAUUGCAGAGCCUGAGGAAGAAAAACAUGAAUUUUCUGAGGGUGAAGAUCGUAUUUUGUGGACUGUCUCUCAGGAGUAUGGUCUAGGUGAGGAAAUACUGAAUGCUAUCAGCCAGUUUAUUGGAGUCACCGUUUCUGAAAUCCAGGAACGGCAUGGCACACUCGCAGAGAAAUACAGUGACCAAAACAUUAAAGAUUCUGAGGAUUCUGGAUCUGAGAAAGGCAUUUCUUUGGACAAGAGCCUAAGCCUCAGUGCUGCUUUAGAUUCUUUUGAUAAUCUGUUUUGCCGCCGUUGCUUGUUAUUUGACUGCCGUCUUCAUGGCUGUUCUCAAACUUUAAUUAAUCCUAGCGAAAAGCAGCCAUAUUGGUCAGAAUAUGAAGAUGACAGAAAACCUUGUAGUGAUCAAUGUUACCUUCAGUUAAGAGCUCUCCAAGAUGUGCCAGAAGGUUCAGUUAGUAAUGCAUUGCAUGGAGUGAAGACUACAACUUUAGAAGAGAAAGAAGACCAGGCUGCAUCAUCUGAUGCCAAAGAGCCAAAGACUAAUGUUGCUGCAGAUCUCAUGCAAUAUGAAAGAGGCAUCUCUGAAGAAGCGAGGCCUGUUACUUCAGAAGGUAUUUGUAGCUCAGAAGGUGCUGGUGAAGCUCAAAAUUUGGAGAUAUCUUCCAUGCCAAUAGAUAACUGUGAAAGUUCUGGAAAGCGCAAGGCCUCCCAAGAAAGAAAUAGACAAUUAGAUGAUUCAGAACACUGUUCUGAUGGCAGCCAGGAUUCUGGAAGUAAGAAACAAAAGACAGUACUGGCUUUGGGUGUAGCUAUCAAGUCUUCUGAAGCUAUACCAAGUCAGGAUCAGAGUUCCAGGGCUAAAAGUAAUAAAAGUAGGAACCAUCAUGUUGGUACUCUUAAUGAAAAUGAAGCUCAAAUUACAGCCAAAAACACCCAAAAUGAAUCUAGUGAACAGGGAUUAGAAACUUUUGCCUGUCCUGCUAGUGCUUCUGGUGAUAAGACUGAGGAUAACAUAAGCGAGGGAGCCAAAGAUGUUACAGCGGUGCCUGAAUUGAAGUGGUCGUCUUCUGAGUGGAAACCUAUUGAGAGAGAAUUGUACUUGAAGGGAGUGGAGAUAUUUGGGAAAAACAGUUGCCUUAUAGCCAGGAACUUACUUUCUGGUUUGAAGACUUGCAUAGAAGUAUCGAGUUACAUGUGUGAUGCUGGAGCUUCAACACUUCAUAGGUCCAUCGUGACAAGUUCAUUUUUGGAAGAAAAUGGGAAAUCUGAAACAGAUUAUAUGGAGCAAGAGAUGUCAACAAGACCACGAUUGCUUCGUAGAAGGGGUAGAACACGGAAGCUUAAAUAUUCUUGGAAAUCUGCCGGCCAUCCAUCAAUGUGGAAAAGAAUUGCUGAUGGAAAAAAUCAGUCUUGCAAGCAAUAUACUCCGUGUGGAUGCCAAUCAAUGUGUGGAAAGCAAUGCCCUUGUAUGCACAAUGGAACUUGCUGCGAAAAGUACUGUGGAUGCUCGAAGAGUUGCAAGAACCGGUUUAGGGGAUGCCAUUGUGCAAAGAGUCAAUGCAGAAGUCGGCAGUGCCCAUGUUUUGCUGCUGGGCGUGAAUGUGACCCAGAUGUUUGUCGGAAUUGUUGGGUUAGUUGUGGUGGGGGUUCAUUGGGUGAGCCACCAAAACGAGGAGAUGGUCAGUGUGGAAACAUGAGGCUGCUUCUAAGGCAACAGCAGAGAAUCCUCUUGGCAAAGUCUGAUGUUGCUGGAUGGGGAGCCUUUCUGAAAAAUUCCGUCAACAAAAAUGAUUAUCUUGGAGAAUAUACUGGUGAAUUGAUCUCCCACAGAGAAGCAGACAAACGUGGUAAAAUUUAUGAUCGUGCAAAUUCAUCAUUCCUUUUUGACUUGAAUGAUCAGUACGUCCUUGAUGCUUAUCGCAAAGGAGACAAAUUGAAAUUCGCAAACCACUCUUCUAACCCUAAUUGCUAUGCCAAGGUAAUGUUGGUGGCUGGGGAUCAUCGAGUAGGAAUUUUUGCCAAGGAGCGCAUUGAAGCUAGUGAGGAGCUCUUUUAUGAUUAUCGUUAUGGCCCAGAUCAAGCACCUGCAUGGGCUAGGAAACCUGAGGGUUCCAAGAGAGAUGAUACAUCAGUCUCUCAAGGUAGAGCAAAGAAAUACCAGUCUCAUUGAUGCACUUUUGAGUGGUUUAGCAUGUGCAUCUGGUUUUUGUUUCUAUAUUACCUUCAGUUUUUUUCCUAUCUUCACCUUAGGAAAAGGAGUUUCUUCAUAAGCAAGCAUAUAGGAUAAUGCCAUCAUGUGCGUAUAGUUGCAUAAAUGUACUCCCAAAGAUAU